AUGCCUCUCAUCAUCAUCUCUGGACUGCCCACCUCGGGCAAGUCAACGCGCGCAAAGCAACUUCACGACUACCUCUCCAAGCGAAUCGCUGACACAAAGUACCGUCUACACCUCAUCUCUGACGAGUCCCUCUCCAUAUCUCGUGUCGUCUACGACCUCUCCCCCGAUAAACUCCCCGCACAUACCCGCUCUGCGAAUGCCUCUGAGAAGGAUGCUCGCGCUGCUAUAUACGGCGCGGUGAAGCGCGUACUUAGCGACAAAGAUAUUGUUAUCCUUGACGGAUUGAACUACAUCAAGGGUUGGCGAUAUCAACUACACUGCGAAUCUAAAGCUGUGCGCACACCAAGCUGCAUAUUGCAGAUUGGGUGCGCAGUAGAUAAAGCAAGAGAAGUCAACGAGACCAGGCUACAAGAGAGGGAUACCGAAUCGAACAAGACUACAGAUGAGGCAGCCCCUACAUCUAUGGAAUCCAGUGACCCUAUCGUCGAUUCCACGGAACCCUACGAGCCAGGCAACUGGGAUAACUUAGUCUUCCGAUAUGAAGAGCCCAACCCGAUGACUCGAUGGGACAGUCCCCUCUUCACACUUAUCUGGCAGGACGACGAAGCACAAACGACAAAGGUUUUCUCCGAUCUCUGGGACGCAAUAGCGGGCGAAGCCCGCAAGGUUGUCCGUCCGAACCAAGCAACCAUACAGCGCGGCCGCGAAGAAAGCGGCGACUACCUAUACCUCCUGGACCGCGAGACUUCGGACGUUGUGAAGCGCAUAGUCGAGGCCCAGCGCGAAAGCGACGAUGUUGAUGAGGUGCGGAUACCGUCCGGCUCUGGGGAGCUUGUGAUACAGCUGCCGGCGGGUAAAAAGGUUGGCCUUCCACAGCUGCAGAGGUUAAGGAGGGCGUUUAUGGGGCUGCAUAGAGGUGGUAUUGGAUUAGAGGCUGCCGGCGAUAUGAAGUCGUCCAGGCUGAGGGAUACCUUUGUAACGUAUCUCAAUGAUGCGUUUGAGAAGGAUGAGUGA